AUGUGGCUAUCAGUUACCGACCGAGAGCCUCAGUUAAGGAAUGUCGUUCCUUCUGAGAUACGCAACUUGACUCUGAUCACGCGGGGCGGGAUGGCUCAGGGGUUGGGGCACGAAUCUACUGACCGGAAGGUCCGUGGUUCGAACCCGACCUCUGCCUCUCGACUUCUCCUGUCUAGGCUUGGGCAACCUGACAUCGCUGAAGAGCAUCGAGCUGAUCCGGCCAGAAAGCUACUGGAAACACAAAGUCAUGUGGAUGACGAAGAGUGCUUGGAGGUUGAAUGGAGGCGAGUUAAAGAAGCAACGCUCUCAGCUUUCAGAAGUGUUUGUCCAGCCCAUCUGACUCGACUAAAUGAACGCUUGAUAUCGCCGAGAUCAGCAAAAAGGCCAUACCAUCAACUAGCGACUAUGAUGACGCAUGCAAAUCCGUCAGACACCGGGCAACAGCCGCACUCUGCUCCAACUGAUUCGAUUAACAAGAAGGCAGGUGUCAGCGAAACAAUAUGUGUAAAAGAUAGAACGGCAAUUUGCUUCCUCAGUCUUCAGCGACGGACUGAGCACUUCAGAAAACGGUUCGGCUGGUCUCGUUCAACACAGCCGCUGGAAGAAACAAGCGGGCCCGAAUGGAACAGUGACACCAACCCGCCAUCAGCAACAAAAAUCCAGCAUGAGGUAUCAAUCCUGAAACGCGACAAGGCACCUGGCCCGGAUGGCCUGCACCCCGAGCUCUUCAAAGAAGGUGGCGAGGUCCUGGUGAACAGUCUGACAAACAUACUGCAGAAGACCUGGAACACCAGUCGAAUGGAGCUCCUCGACCGUCAUCUGUUUUCAAAACCGGCGCAAGAACGUCAUGUGAAAACCAUCGUGACGUCAGCCUGCCAUUUUUCAAUGACCAACCGUCAUUCAGAAAGAUUUUCCGUUGCGGAUGACGACGACGAUAUCUUCAACCCAAAGAGCAAAGCCUUCUGCCAAGCUUGUGUAGAUGUGUCUGCAUUCGCGUCCCUGCAAUCUGACCCCAAGUGGUUUGAGAAGAGAGAGAAACUUGGCUGUCCACUGGACAAACUAUCGCUUGGUCGAGCUACUUGGAGUCUUCUUCACACAAUGGCUGCCUACUAUCCGGAAAAACCCACAGUUCAGCAACAAAAGGAAAUGGCGGGAUUCAUCAAAGGCCUCUCUACUUUCUACCCCUGUCUUCCGUGUGCUGUCGAUUUCAGGAAAAAUUUGGUUCUCAAUCCACCGGAACUGGGGAGUCGUCAAGAGCUGAGCGGUUGGCUGUGCCUGCAACAUAACUUGGUGAACAAAAAAUGUCACAAGCCUCUGUUCGACUGUUCCCGCGUGCUUGAGCGUUGGCGGUACGGCUGGGCAGAUGGAUCUUGUGAUUUACCUGGAAUGGAUUAGUCUGUCUUUCUUUUUUGCUGCUACUCUUUCCUGUCAGAACCAUAUCUUUUUAUGAUAGCCUAGUCAUCUCGGUGAAGCUGCAUUUGUAAUAACAAUCUGGUUUUCAACAGGAACGACACCUAUGGAAAUUCGCCUCUCUAUGAAUGGUCGGUGCGUUGGGG